UUGUGUCUCUGUAGGCAGGACUGGGCAGUGUCACUCUGUAACUGAUUAAAAGACGGACGAGACACAGACAAGGCGACAGCUCGCACACCGACGUCUGCUUUGAUUUCGACACUGUCCUUCUUGUGGCCAUGAGUCCUCGGCUGAGAUGGCUCCUCCUCUGCCUGCUGCUACUUUCUGACCACCUCUGCCGGCCACUCAGCGCGUCCCCACUGGUCAGACGAUCAGCUGCUGUGGGAGAAAACUCUGCCAACUUCUCUGGCACUGCCAACCUGAUUCAGCAGACCAGCGAGCACCUCAAGAGUCGGGCAGCUCAGAGGAUCGCCAGCCUGAGCACCCAACUGCAGACCAUGAGGUCCAGUCUGGUGGACCUCAACGGGAGUGUCACAUGCCAGGAACUGGCUAAUGAACCCUUCAGGAACUCCUCCAAGUGGCCCAUAUUUGCCAGGGAUCUGGUAUCAGUGGCAUUGGUGCCUUUGCUUGGUGCCCUAGGGUGCCUUCAGGAAGCUGAGAUGCUGCUCCUGAGGCUCUAUGAGGACUUGGGGGUCUCUGAUGCUGAAGAGGUGCUGCUCCAAGUCCAAGAGCUCAUAGAGGGUAAAUGGGGUAAAGUCGUGCCCACUGCUUCACACCCAGACCGCCGGCAGGAGCACCAACUGAAUGCCCUAUUCUUUAACAUUGAGCAGAUUGCCUCCCAGUUUCCACAGGACUUAACAAGCAAUGAGAUCCAGGAUGGCAUCAGCUGGACAGGCAAGGAAUGCCAGAGGUGGCAGCAGGUGAAUGGCACACGGCUGGUGGGCAGUGCCAUGCAGGAGCAUCACUUGCUAGCAAGUGCAAUCCAGGAAUGUGAGAACCUGGGCCCUCAGUGUGCCGGAGUGCGUGGCAGUGCCACUCAUGGGCUGUUCCAUGCUGUCUAUAGAAAAGGAAGCUGUAUUGUGCCUGAGGUGGGCACAGAGUCCUGGAUACUGGAGUGCCAGGAUAUGAUGCAGCACACACUUGUCAAGAGAAGCCUGCAGAGCGAGUGCAUUGACCAGACGGAGGAGAAGGUCUCCAGGGUGGUGGAGUGGAUCCCAGCUGUCAGCACACUCUACAACCUGGGCACGGCCGUUUACUACGCCGCCGCCCAGUGUACCGAAGUCGCCAAGGAGCGGGCGAUCCUCCUGGCUGUGGACGUGGGCACCGAUGCCUUAAUGGCCAUCACUGGGGGAACGGCAGGCAUAGCAGGGUAUGCUGUGGGGGCUGGCGUCAAAACUAGCCUCAAGGCUGGCAUUAAGUAUCUGAUGAAUAUGAUGAAGCAGGAUGAAGAUCUGGUGUUUGAGGAGCAGGACUGGUCAGCAGUAAUCAUUGAGUGACCAGCCAGUGGUGGUCAUGGAGUGGCCAGUUAGUCAGAGUUAUUGAGUGACAAAUAGCCAUCGUCACUGAGUGACCAACUAAUCAAAGUAAUUGAGCAAACAUGUAGUUGUAAUUAUUGAGGGACAGACGGCCGUCAUCACUGAGUGACCAAAUAGCUUUAGUUAUUGAGUGACCAUGAUCAUUAACAGUAAUGGACCAGAUAGUCACGCGGGCCAAUAUCUAAUGAGUGUCCAGAUCAUCAUUGUCACUGAGUGAUUGAUGGCCAGAGCCAUUUAGUGACCAGUUACUUGUAGCCAUUGAAUGAUUAAUAGGCAUUGUAAUUAAGUAAAUAUUGUCUGUCGUGACUAAAUGACCAAAUAGUCAUAGCCACUAAGUGACCAUGGUCAAUAACUCUACGUAACUAGACAGUCAUGGUCAUUGAGUGACCAAUGACCAUAGCCACUGAUUGACCAGUUAGAUGAACUUAUUGAGUGACCAAUAGUAAUUAAUACUAGUUGACCAGAUAAUCAUAGUCAUUGAGUGGCCAAUGGCCAUUACUAUUGAGUGACCAGUGAGUCAAAGUCAUUAAGUGACCAAUGGACAUCAUCCCUGAGUGACUAAAUAAAGUGACCAGUAGCCAUCAACACUGAGUGACCAAUGGACAUUGACCAUGAGUGACUAAGAGUGACCAGUAGCCAUCACAUUGAGUGACCAAUGGCCAUUGCUAUUGAGUGACCAGUGAGUCAAAGUCAUUAAGUGACCAGUGGCAAUCAUCCCACGAAUGACUAAAUAGAGUGACCAGUAGCCAUUGUCCCUGGGUGACCAAUGGUCAUCAUCCCCGAGUGACUUAAUAGAGUGACCAGUAGCCAGCAUCACUGGGUGACCAAUAGCUAUUGUCCCCCCGUGUCAUGUGGUUCUCGCCCACUCUUUUGUUUUAGUUGUACUUUUAGAGUCAAGCUGAUCAAGUCAGCUGAGAACCCUGAUGGACUUGGUGUGAUGACCCUGAUGUCCUCCUUAAUGUCCACUUCCCAGAUGUCCAGCUUCAGCCCCCACCUUUAGGAGUUUAUUAAGAAAUGCCAAUAGAAGGCCACAUGGUUUUGUGACCCCCCCGGACCACCCCCGGACAGUUUUAUGGUCAGGUGUCAUUUACCUUCGCUUUGUGUUUUGUUCUAACCUGCCUGGUUGUUUUGUGGCUUUCUUUGUACCCUUUGAUGCUAAACAUUGUGAAAGGCGCUAUAUAAAAUAAAGGCUGAAUAAUAACCUGAA